AUCCUGAAAGCAUUAAUAUAACAAUUUAGGGCCUAUUAAGUUUCUGUUAUUCGAGUGGAUGCGUUGGAUUUCGGUUUUGUUCUUGAGGGUGUCGCACCACUUGACAUCCGUCAAAUUUAACGAGCUUCUACCGAAUGACAGGGACAAUGCGAGACACAAUCCUGUUGGUUGGACACAUCACGUUUGCUAUAGUGACUUACUGGGAAACAGUAAUAUUACAGAUAAGCCUUAUCUACACUCCUCGGUCAACACCGAACCUCUCCUACAAACCACCUCCCACUGAACGGCAAUUAAUCUACACAUCACCGGAGGACAAGGUUCAAUAAAGACUCAUCCGCAUCAGCAAAGACAAGCAUCUCAGUCGAACACAGAACCAUCAAGAUCCUUUACGGCAUCACAGGAGAACAAGAGAAGAAAUGUACAAUCAAGGACAAAUAAUUGGAAGAAUAAACCCAGCAUUCACUGGGCCGGCACAGGAUCAGUUAGUCAAGACUAUGGGUCAGUCUGUGCCUCCGCCGUACUAUCCCAGCGCAGCAGGAAUCCAGGUCCCAAGGGCCAAUCUCAACUCUUAUGGAUACCCAAACCAGGGCCCGUAUAUCCAGCAGGCAUUACCAGGGAUGGCUGUAUAUCCCCAGAGAGCACAGCUCGGUCAUACUGAGGUCCCCGUUGAGCGCGCUGUGUUCGUGAGCUCCAUGCCUCCCGCCGAUCCGGUGCCGGAUUACAUGUGCUACUCCAUCUUCACCAUGUUCUGCUGCUUUUUACCUCUGGGCAGCGCCGCCGUUGCUUGCUCAUGCACCACCGAAGACGCUAACGUGGCUGGACACAGAGAGUUAGCGUUGAGUAGCUCUAGAUCAGCGUUGAUCCUGAACAACAUCGCUCUGGGCCUCGGCCUGGUGCUCAUUACGACCGGCACUAUCCUCUUACUUUACGUGUAUGGCGUAUUUGAAUGAAUGUUUUAUUCAACGACAAGCGGCCUAUUUUCAAGGCCCAAAAAAUGUACGAUUAUGUUUUAUUCCUUGCUGUAUUUAAUGCUGACUGAUCUGUGACCUGUGUGAUUCUCUGUGCAUUGUACAUCUUAAGUUUCUACAUGCUAAUAUUUUCAACUAGACAUCAAAAAUAAAACAUCAAAAUUCCUGAGCAUUUUAUGGUUGGAGAGGAAUGUGAAUUAAUUUGUAACACAUUAUUGAAUGAUUUAUUGAGAGUCGUAUCUAAUCUUAUUCAACUGCACUCCUACAAGCCAAAUCAACAACACUUUUUUUAUC